GCGCGCGACCCGGAAGCGGGCCGGGGGGCGCUGCCCCGAGACCAGACCCUCCCCUAGGCCGCGGAUCCUCCUGGGAGCGGCCAGGGGCGGGGACCGAACCCCGGGGCACCGAGGGCGGGAUCGGACUCGGCCGGGCCGUGCGAUGGCGGCGGCGGCGGUGAGCGGCGCCAAGCGGAGCCUGCGGAACGAGCUGAAGCAGCGUCUGCGGGCCAUGAGCGCCGAGGAGCGGCAACGCCAGUCCCGCGUGCUUACCCAGAAGGUGAUUGCCCACAGUCAGUAUCAAAAGUCCCAAAGAAUUUCCAUCUUUCUGAGCAUGCAAGAUGAAAUUGAGACAGAAGAGAUCAUCAAGGACAUUUUCCGGCGAGGCAAAAUCUGCUUCAUCCCCCGGUACCAGUUCCAGAGCAAUCACAUGGAUAUGGUGAGAAUAGAAUCACCAGAGGAAAUUUCUUCACUUCCCAAAACGUCCUGGAAUAUUCCUCAACCUGGCGAGGGUGACAUUCGGGAGGAGGCCUUGUCCACAGGGGGACUGGAUCUCAUCUUCAUGCCAGGCCUUGGGUUUGACAAACAUGGCAACCGACUGGGAAGGGGCAAGGGCUACUACGAUGCCUACCUGAAGCGCUGUUUGCAGCAUCAGGAAGUGAAGCCCUACACCCUGGCAUUGGCUUUCAAAGAACAGAUUUGCCUCCAGGUCCCAGUGAAUGAAAAUGACAUGAAGCCUGGAGAAGGAUGGCGAUGGUGACUGAGGAGCCAUUCUGGCUCCCUGUUGGUGAAUCCUGCAUGGAUGUGUGUUGGACACCCCUUGUCCGGCACCUACGUCCUUCCAGACCACAUUUUCACUCCAGCUAUUGGGUACAGCAAACUGGCUGCAUACAGGCGAAGCCAGACAGCACUUCUCAUCUGCAUGACUGUCAACCCUGGAAUGCCACACGUGAGUGAGACCCUUGCAAGGACCUUCUCAGUCAUUCUGGUGCACGUGCAAACCUGGAAGUGUGUGGUA